CCCGGAGGACCGGCGCGGACUCGCCGCAGCAUGAGCAAUCCCCACGCAGCGGGAGCGCACAGCUCCACAGCGAUUGGUGCCGCACUUGACUCUGGACACACUUGACACCGAGGAAGCAAACAUGUCUCGUUUCAUCGGCCGUCUCCUCGUCGCUGUUUCCCGACACGCAGGAGUCCGAUCUGCCGCGACACCGAGGAGGUUUCCUCCGUGCGCGCGCGCAGUGUGCACGUCUCCAGCUUUGCAGUCUCUCACACGUUAUAGUGAGACUACAGACUGGAAGGAGAAACUGACCCCGGAACAGUAUGUAGUAACCAGAGAGAAAGGUACUGAAGAGCCCUUUAGUGGCAUCUACCUCAACCAUUACGAAGUGGGGAUGUACCAUUGUGUCUGCUGUGAUGUCCCACUUUUCAGUUCAGAGGCAAAGUAUGACUCGGGUACUGGUUGGCCUGCAUUCAAAGAGGCUCAUGGGACAUGGGAGCGGGAUGAAAGCCAUGCGUCUAUCAUUCGUCGCCCUGACAACAGCCUUGGCAGUGCUGGGACAGAAGUUCUGUGCAAAAAUUGUGAUGCCCACCUUGGCCAUGUGUUCGAUGACGGGCCUGACCCCACAGGUCAGCGGUUCUGCAUCAACAGUGUGGCUCUGACAUUUAAACCCAGAGAAAACGGCGUACCGGACCCGCACGAGCAGAAAUGAUGGACUUGACCUGCUGCUUUUAGCAUUUAACCAGAGUAUUGAUGCAACAAUGAGACCUAAGCACUACUAGAAAUAAAAUACGCAGAAAGGUUUGCUUUCUAAACUUCCACUUCUGUUGAAUGGAAAAAAAGUUCUAUGUUUUGCUUAGAAAUGUGGAUUAAAAACAUCAGAUUCAUGAAUGAAAGAUGAAAGAAUGAAAGAGAGUGCCUUUACUGAUUCUUUUAUGUAAAUUAGAGAAUAAUUAGGACAAAAAGUAAGUAAGACAAGAAGCUUUUAUUAACACAUCAAUAGAUGACUAGCUAUUUCUGAACAAAUAUAAAUUGUUUCAGUAUCUCUGAUAUUAAUUAAAACACAUUUUUAUUCUUACAUUUAUGCAUCUCUGGUUUUCUUGUUGCACUGAAAACGCAAUGAUACUUUUCUUAGGGAAAAUUACAGAGAAUUUGUCAAAAUUGCGUUUUUUAAAGUUGCUUUUUAAAGGAAAAAGUGCUAUUACAAAGUAUUCAAUGCAAAUGCUUAGAAACACACGUGGCAAAAUUGCUUCAUAUUUGCAAUAAAUUAGGUUAAAAU